AAUGGCCACAGAUGACUUCAAUUAAAAACAAAAGAACUGAUUUACUGAAGUUUUGCAGGUUUAUACAGGGAUGACUUUUACUUUACGCAUACACAUAUUAAAUUGUUCUUUUCCUUCUAGUGUGCUGUCAGGACUAAACAGCUAUGGGCAACAUAUUCUUAAAGGGGAACAGCACAAAAAUGAAUGCUUAAACUGAUUAUAUUCUCAUUAUUAAAAACUAUUAACAAAACAUUUAUGACUAAUAUUACUCUAAUUUAAGUCACAACAUUUUCCAGGCAUGUCAUCCUGCAGUGGUACAAUGACUGAGGAGCUUCACUGCUCUAUAUGUUUGGACAUGUUCACUGAUCCAGUCAGCACUCCAUGUGGACACAACUUCUGCAAGACCUGUCUGAAUAAACACUGGGACAACAGCCAGACCUGCAACUGUCCAUAUUGUAAAGAAACAUUCAAGCAAAGACCUGAUCUCAAGAUUAAUACCACACUCCGAGAGAUCGUAGAUCACUAUAAAGAGAAAAGUCCUGAGAAAAAACCUGAAGUUCUGUGUGACAUCUGUGAGGAAACAAAGCUGAAAGCCCUGAAGUCGUGUCUGGUGUGUCAGAGCUCUUACUGUGAAACUCACCUGGAGCCUCAUUUGAGAGUGACAGGUUUAAAAAAACACAGACUUAUGGAGGCUGUGAGUAAUCUGGAGGACUAUAUAUGUCAGAAACAUGAGAGACCUCUGGAGCUGUUCUGUAGAGAUGAUCAGACAUGUGUGUGUACAAUCUGCACUGUGACAGACCACAAGAGCCACAACACUGUUCCUCUAGAAGAGACUGAAUUGAUGAUCCAAGAUAUGCAGCAGAUGAUCCAAGAAAAAAUCAAGAUUAUUCAAGACAUUAAAAACUUAGCAGAAGUCAGAAAAAUAAAAACAGAGAAGGAAAAAGUCUCCUGUGUUGAGCUCUUCACUGAUCUUAUCCGCUCCAUUGAGAGAUGUCAGACUGAAGAGCUGGAUAUGACAGAGGAGCAGCAAAAAGCAGCAGAGGAAGAGGAGCAAGAGCUCAUUGAAGAUCUGGAGCGGGAGAUCACUAAGCUAAAAAUAAGAAACACUAAAUUGGAACAGAUUUCACAGACUGAAGAUGUCAUACAGAUUUACUCAUCCCUGUGCAGCCCUACAAACACCAGGAACUGUCCUGAGAUCAGUAUAAAGACUCAUAAGAAUCUGGAGAUUCUGAGGAGAGCUCUGACUCAAAUGAAGGGUAUUCUAAAUAAGAAACUCACACAAACUGAGCUGAAGUGGAUGCGUCAGUAUGCAGUGGAUGUGACUCUGGAUCCUGAUACAGCUCAUCCUCAGCUCAUCUUGUCUGAUGAUGGAAAACAAGUGAGAUGUGGAGACAUUUGGCAGAAACUCCCAAACAACCCAGAGAGAUUUGAUCACAGUCCAUAUGUCCUGGGAAAGGAAGGAUUCUCCUCAAGGAGAUUGUAUUUUGAGGUGCAGGUGAAGAGAAAGACUAACUGGACUUUAGGAGUGGCCCAAGAAUCCAUUAACAGGAAGGGAGUGAUCAAACUGAGACCCAGUAAUGGAUUUUGGACUGUGCAGCUGAGGAAUGAAAAUGAAUAUAAGGCUCUUGCUGGUCCCACUGUCUCUCUGUCUCUGAGAGUGAAGCCACAGCGGGUCGGUGUGUUUGUGGAUUAUGAGGAGGGUCUGGUCUCCUUUUAUGAUGUGGAGUCCAGCUCUCAUAUCUACUCUUACACUGGUCAGUCUUUCACUGAUAAACUCUAUCCAUAUUUUGGCCCAUCCUUAAGCUAUGCAGGUGAAAACCCACUGAUUAUCACACUUGUCACUUGCAAUAAAUGA